UCUUCUAUUAGCUGAUGUAUUUGAGAAAUUUAGACGUGUAUGUUUCAAAACUUACGGUUUGGAUCCCGCUCAUUAUUAUACGGCACCGGGGCUUAUCUUGGGAUGCUAUGCUAAAAGUCACUCAAAUUAAAUUGGAAUUGUUGACGGAUAUUGAUCAAGUUCAUUUCAUUAAAAAAGGUAUCCGUGGGGGCAUUUCCCAAUGCUCCCUACGUCAUGGUAAAGCAAAUAAUAAAUAUAUGGAAAAUUAUGAUGCUAAUGCGCCCUCUAAAUUUCUAAUGUAUUGGGACGCUAACAAUUUGUAUGGGUGGGCAAUGUCUCAAUUUAUGCCCGUUUCCAACUUUAAAUGGUUGACUGAAAACGAAAUUCAAAAUUUAGAUUUUAAUAAUAUACCCGAUGAUUCCGAUUUCGGAUAUAUUUUAGACGUGGAUAUUGCGUAUCCCGAACACUUGCACAACCUACAUAAUGAUCUACCUUUCUUACCCGAGAAUUUAAUCCCCCCUAACUGUAAAUGCGAGAGCGAUGAACGAUUAAUUCCAAAUUUAUUUGAUAAGACAAAUUAUGUAAUUCAUUACAGAAAUUUAAAACAAGCCGUUGCACACGGAUUAACUAUAAGUAAAGUUAAUAGAGUUUUAUCGUUUAAACAAUCCCCUUGGUUAAAGUCAUAUAUAGAUAAAAAUACAGAGUUACGCCAAUCGGCUAAAAAUGAUUUUGAAAAGGAUUUUUUUAAAUUAAUGAACAACGCAGUUUUCGGUAAAACCAUGGAAAAUGUUGAUAAGCGAGUCGACGUCCGCUUAGUAACCAGUUGGGACGAUAUCAGGUCUGACGAAACCGCAGGUAGACCUAGACUUGGAGCUCGGAGUUUAAUCGCUAAAUUAAAUUUUAAAAGUGUUAAAGUAUUCACAGAAACGUUUUCGGCAAUUCAAAUGGAGCGUCUUCAUAUCGUUUACGAUAAACCUCUAUACGUUGGUUUUACAGUUUUAGAACUCUCAAAAUUAUUAAUGUACGAUUUUUAUUAUGAUUUUUUAAAACCUAAAUACGGCGAGGACGUUCAGUUGUGUUACAUGGAUACCGACAGUUUCACCGUACUAAUUAAGUCUGACGAUGUGUAUAACGAUGUUAAAUUAAAUUUAGAUAAAUUUGAUACAUCUAACUACAGUCCCGAUAAUCGGUUUGACAUCCCCUUGCAAAAUAAAGCGGUUUUAGGUAAGAUGAAGGAUGAAAAUUGCGGAAACGUAAUGGUCGAAUUUAUUGGCUUAAGAUCGAAGGUGUACGCAAAUCGGGUUGCUGAUGGGCGGGUUACUAAAAAAUCUAAAGGUAUUAGGAAAGCUGUGGUUAAACAAAAGCUUUCAUUUCAAAAUUAUUUCGACUGUUUACAUUCAAAUUCCAUCGUGUCUAGAAAACAGUUAUUAUUUAGAAGUUUUAACCACACGGUUUUUACCGUUUUACAAAACAAAUUGGCCCUUUCCCCACAUGAUUCCAAGCGAUGUAUCGAUGCCGAUGGUAUUAAAACAUUGGCUUGGGGUCAUUUUACAACUAUUUCGAAUAACGUUUAAAUAUAUUUAAGUAGUUUAAGUAGAAAAUAGUAUCAUUUUUUUGAGUAUGUUUAAUUUAAAUUUUUAAUAUAUGUAUAAACGUUA